ACAACGGACUUUGGGAGCAGAGGAAGAAUCCACUGCAACAUGAGACUCACCUGCUGUCUGCUAAUAAUGGGAACAUUCUGCGUGACACCUUUCCUCUGCCAUAGCCAAACUGAUCCACUAGCUCUUGGGCGAGCAGACCCCCAGUGUUGGGAAUCCUCCUCAGCUGUCUUAUUGGAGAUGAGGAAGCCUCGCAUUUCUGACUCCGUCAGUGGCUUUUGGGAUUUCAUGAUCUUCUUGAAAUCAUCAGAGAACUUGAAACAUGGGGCUCUGUUCUGGGACCUGGCACAACUCUUCUGGGAUAUCUAUGUGGACUGUGUGCUCUCCAGAACCCACGGCCUAGGGAGAAGGCAGCUAGCAGAAGCUGAACAGAAGAUCGCUACUCUACAUUCUCAGUUCAAAGAGAGAAACCAAGGAAUAUUUCCUCACAUUCAGAGGUCACCAGUUCUGAAGAAGAAAGGCUCUUUCGAAGAUUUAACAAGUAUCCACAUGCACAAGAGUAGAUCUACAUUACUUGGAAGAACCAUUGGAGAGACAGGGAAAAAAGAGAAAAAGACACAUUUAGUCCAAGAUCUUGAUUUGUAG